UUCUAUUUUCUCUUUCUUUCUCUCUUUUUGGACUUCUUCCCCACUAACACGUUCUUUCUCUCUUCCUUCUUCUAACAUCAUCAUACUCAGAAAGAGAGAAAGCAUAAUGGCUGAAGUUACCAUGAGUGAAGUCUCUACUUCAUUUCGUCGGGUUCUUCUUAUCUCUGCUGGUGCAAGUCACUCUGUUGCUCUUCUCUCUGGAAACCUUGUGUGCUCAUGGGGACGAGGAGAAGAUGGGCAGUUAGGGCACGGCGAUGCUGAGGAUCGACUUUCUCCUACUCAAUUGAGUGCACUUGACGAUCUUGAAAUAGUGUCUGUUACCUGUGGAGCUGAUCAUACAACUGCAUAUUCUGAGUCACGUAUGGAAGUCUAUAGUUGGGGAUGGGGUGACUUUGGAAGGCUGGGCCAUGGCAAUUCUAGUGACUUGUUCACUCCCCAGCCGAUUAAAGCAUUGCAUGGUUUGAGGAUAAAGCAAAUUGCUUGUGGGGACAGCCAUUGUUUAGCAGUGACCAUGGAGGGAGAGGUUCAGAGCUGGGGGAGGAAUCAAAAUGGUCAACUUGGUCUUGGAACCACUGAAGAUGCUCUUGUGCCUCAAAAAAUUCAAGCCUUUCAGGGAGUGUCUAUCAAAAUGGUUGCUGCUGGUGCCGAACAUUCUGUGGCUGUUACAGAAAAUGGAGAGCUCUAUGGAUGGGGUUGGGGCCGUUAUGGAAACCUGGGCUUAGGUGACAGAAAUGAUCGCCUAAUUCCUGAGAAAAUUUCUACUCUUAAUGGAGAAAGGAUGGUUAUGGUUGCUUGUGGAUGGCGACACACCAUUUCUGUUUCUUCUUCCGGUGGGUUGUACACUUACGGAUGGAGCAAAUAUGGUCAACUAGGCCAUGGGGACUUUAAGGAUCACCUUGUCCCUCAUAAGCUGGAAGCAUUGCGUGACAGCUUUAUAUCUCAGGUGAUCUUUUAG